AUGGCCCAGGGGGUGCCCACGGUGGGGCCAGGAGGCCGCUGGGCCGCAGCGGGGCUCGGCCUCCCGGGGCCCGGCAGCCCUCUCCCAUGGGGCACACGAGGCCCUGCCUGCGUAGGGCUUGCCUCCUUUGAAAUCUACCUGCGAUGGAAGCUGGCUGCCCAAGGCACUUACAGCUCGAAAGGGGCAUCGUGUAGCCUAGCCAGCUCUGGGUUUAGCCCCAGGGCGCAGGUCGUGGUGCCUCCGCCACUCUCCAGAAAGCCAAGCGAGAACUGCAUGGGCCAGCACCGGAUACUGAUGAAAGGCUGCAAUCUCAAUCAUGGCUUUUUAUUCUUUAAAUAUGUGUACUCAUUUUCAACACGGCGAAAUCAGACGCAGGUGCAGAAGGAAGAGGCCAGUGCUCAAAACAACAUCUCCUACCCCCAGCCCAGGGAGGAAGAGGAGGUGGCAAGGAAGCUGGUGGAGGAUGGUAGGGCUGGCCGCAGAGGGGACAACGACAGCUCUCUGCCGGAGCGCGCUGGACCCGAGAACAGCAGCGCUGUGGAGGACGGGCGACCGCCCAGCACUGUGGUCAAUGCGGGCAGUGGGGAGGCACGCUGGCCCGGCCCAGAGGCGGGUGCUGACAGCGGUGACCCUAGCCUGGCUCCUGGUACCGAGGGCAGCGGUGACUUCAAUUUCCAGGACAGGGCAGAAAGUGGCAUUUUGGUCCUAUCACAACAUGCGGUCACAGCCCCACGAGAGCACGAGGGCUCCCGGGAAGGUGCCGAUGGCGCUAGAAGGGAAGGAGACGGCCUCAGGGAGCUGGAGGGAGCUAGGGAGAGGAACAAAUCCCAGGCUGGAGAAGCAGUCAGUGACAGCCACGAGGCUGAGCAGGCCUGGGAGGUGGUGACGACAGGACAUGGGCCAGCAGAAGAUGUUGCCACGGCGGCCGAGGAAGAGGGCAGCGGCCAUGUCACCAUGCUGGGCACUGCUCGGGGAAGCGACCAUGGUGAAACCACUGUCGGAGGAGGUGCUGCCUUAACAUCCAUCACUGAAAACACUGAGGAUGUGGAAGUUGACGCGGCCGGCGUGGAUGAAUACACAUACAUCCCAGAUGCUGGCGCUGUUACCAUUACCCGAGGGGCAACACAGGUAGAGAGGGCAGGUCUCGUCCAGAUCCCUACCAAGGCAGACGACGAAGUCAACAUCUUCAUUGGGAAGGCCAACAUCCAUGUCGGGGAGCAAGGGAUUGCCACAGUGCACCUAGACGACAAUGGCCAUGAUGCCGUCACCACCGUGACAGGGGCAGGCAGCCAACUGCCCACACCGAUUGCCACUGAGGAGCGUUACAGUGGCCAGCGCACUCCCGGGAGCGGGCAAGAAGGUGGCAAGGAUGAAGGAGCAUCCACCACAGUGGGCCAUGGUGACAGGGAUGGCCCCGAUGAGGAGCAGGGGCUGGUGUCCAUAGCAGCGCAGCAGGAGGGCCGUGGCGCCAUGACUUCCCCCCGGCCGGAUGAGGGGGACUGCACCACAGUCAGCGGGGAGGCAGCUCGCCAGCCCGGGCCAGGCGGGAGCCGCCAGGUCAGGCCGCAAGCCACCGGCCCACGGCACCAGCAGAAGGGUGCUGGGCUCCCCAAAUCCCCACGGGGGAAAGAGAAAGGCAGCAGUAGCCGGGGCAGAGAUGACAGUGGUGGGGAGGCGCCAGUGGUGGGACAAUCCCAGGUAACGGAGGCCACCAAGGGAUCCCAUGGUGACAGGAUGGAGCUGGCCCAUCCCCGUCCACCCGCGCAGGCUCCUCUCAGCGUCGGAACGACGGGACGCGGAGCAGCUCCUGGCUAUGGCGCAGCCCACACUGCAGCACCCAGCACCCGCCGUGGGGGCACCCCCCGGAGCCCGGGGCUGAGGGGCAAGGAGGUGAAGGGUCAUGGUGGUGGCAGGGGGAGGCCAGGAGUCCCCUCUGGCCGGGGGCCAGCCGGCGGCGUUGCCCGGGUACAGCGAUGGAAAUUGCUGAUGUGGCCCCGUGCCCCUGGACAAGGACCAGGCAUCUCCAAGAGGCGCAAGCAUCGCGAUUGUGGAAACCCGGCCAAUCUCAGCCCCACGGAGCCUUUCCGGGGUGGCGUCAUCGAUCCUGGGCAACACGCUCUAGGUGACCCUGCUUGA